UCUUCUCCUCCACUCCAACUACAACAAGACAAGAACUCAAAACAAAACGUGAAAGAACACAACUCCGAUGAAAGCCGCCUCCGCCGCCGUUUAUCGUGACGUAAACGGAGACGAGGAAGAGGAAGAAGAAGAAGAAGAAGUGUGUAAUGUUUUCGACGGUGCUGAGGUAGAUUCCAAGACAAGCAACGGGACCAAAACGCUCAAAGGUUUCUUCACUUCUUUGCUUUUGAUGGAGGAGCACGAGAAGCAAGACCAGGAAGCUCGUACCGCCGCUUCCCGCCGCGAAAUGUCCGAUUUCCAAUCUAAUUACCGGAAACGAGCUAGGACCAUGUCCGAUUACUACUCCGAUCUCAACGAUUACUACGCCGACGCUGAGGAAACUGGAGACAUCAAUCUGAAGAAGAAGUCACGCGUCUCACGCGCCGCCGUCGCUUCCGUGGCUGCUGCUGCUUCGGAGAUUGAGGCGGAGAGCAGUGAGAUAACCGGAUCCGGAUCGGUUCGAAGUACUGGUUCGGGUUCGGGUCAACAGAGGCGGUUAUGGGUUAAGGAUCGGAGCAGAGCUUGGUGGGAAGAGUGUAGCCGACCGGAUUUUCCAGAAGAGGAUUUCAGAAAAGCGUUUAGAAUGUCCAAAUCGACGUUUGAGUUAAUCUGCGACGAGCUUAAUUCCGCGGUUGCGAAAGAAGACACGGCGUUGAGAAACGCGAUUCCCGUGCGGCAGCGAGUCGCGGUUUGUAUAUGGAGAUUAGCCACAGGGGAGCCACUCCGUCUCGUUUCCAAGAAGUUUGGUUUAGGUAUCUCAACUUGCCACAAGCUUGUUCUUGAGGUAUGUAAAGCCAUUAAAGAUGUUCUGAUGCCUAAGUACCUCCAAUGGCCUGAUGAUGAAACUCUUAGGAACAUUAGAGAAAGGUUCGAGUCGAUUUCGGGUAUACCAAACGUUGUUGGCUCUAUGUAUACCACACACAUUCCCAUUAUAGCUCCUAAGAUUAGUGUAGCUGCUUAUUUCAAUAAGAGGCAUACUGAGAGGAACCAGAAGACUUCGUAUUCCAUCACGAUUCAAGCGGUUGUGAACCCGAAAGGUGUUUUUACUGACUUGUGCAUCGGAUGGCCCGGGUCAAUGCCUGAUGAUCAGGUGUUGGAGAAGUCAUUGUUGUACCAAAGAGCUAACAAUGGAGGUUUGUUGAAAGGGAUGUGGGUCGCUGGUGGACCGGGGCAUCCGCUGUUGGACUGGGUUUUGGUUCCAUACACGCAACAGAACUUGACGUGGACGCAGCACGCGUUCAAUGAGAAGAUGAGUGAAGUGCAGAGAGUGGCUAAAGAAGCGUUUGGGAGGUUAAAAGGACGGUGGGCGUGCCUGCAGAAACGGACUGAAGUGAAGCUGCAGGAUCUGCCUACGGUUUUGGGCGCAUGCUGUGUGCUUCACAACAUAUGUGAAAUAAGAGAGGAGAAGAUGGAUCCGGGGCUGAUGGUUGAAGUGAUAGAUGAUGAGGUUUUGCCUGAGAACGCAUUGAGAUCGGUUAAUGCCAUGAAGGCAAGAGAUACUAUCUCGCAUAACCUAUUGCAUCACGGACUCGGGGUUUUUGAAUUUAUCGUAUCAUUAAUGGCUCGUCAUUACUCAUCGGACGACGGCCACGGCCACGGCCACGGCCAAUCCCCAGUCAACUCCACGGUGGUCGCCAUUGACAAAGACAAGAACAGCCACUACGCUGUUCGUUGGGCCGUUGAUCAUCUCUUCAAUACGAUCACUAACCCCAACUUGAUCCUUGUCCAUGUUCGUCUUAAAAAUUCAAACCAUGGAGGAAACAUUGAUGAUAGUGAAUUAAAACAGCUUUUUGUUCCAUACAGAGGUUACUGUGCACGCAAAGGGAUUACAAUGAUGGAGGUAAUUCUUGACGAUACAGACGUAGCGAAAGCAGUCAUGGAUUACGUGAACAAUAACCUUGUGACCAACCUUGUCUUGGGAUCAUCCUCAAGGAGUCCAUUUGCAAGAUCUCUCAAGUUCACCAAAUCACAUGACGUUCCAGCUUCCGUCCUCAAAUUAACGCCUGAGUUUUGUUCCAUCUACGUCAUUUCUAAAGGCAAAGUCCAUUCUUCAAAAACAGCUCAAAGAACUAUCACAAAUACACUUGUCCCUCCUCGUGCACCUUUAUCUAGCUUUCAUCUACCUGACAAUGAUCAAGAUCAUUUACCAGCUAGGGGUCAGCAGAGUAGUACGAGAAACUCAACUCCUGAGAGGCGUUCCCAUGAUAGUAGUAAUGGAUACAAACCAGUGAGAGAAAUGAAGAAAAUUCCUACAAGUGGAUCAGUGGACUUCAGUUAUGAUUUUAGGCAGGCAAGAGGUCAAAAGAACUCCUCAGCAAAAAAUUCAUUUACUAAUGAAGGGGAUGUUGGUUCUCUGAUGAUGAUGGGUUCUAUUGACCUGAGCAAUGAGAAUUUCGACAUCGUUGCUGGUGUAUCAGCUUCUUCUGAUGAGUCAGUUUCGCAAUCAACGAGAGAUAUUGAAGCUGAGAUGAAAAGGUUAAAGAUUGAACUCAAGCAAACCAUGGACAUGUAUAGCUCAGCCUGCAAAGAAGCUCUUAAUGCAAAAAAGAAAGCAAAUGAGCUUAAUCAAUGGAAAGUGGAAGAAGCUCGAAGAUUUGAGGAAGCUAGAGUUUCUGAAGAGGCAGCUUUAGCUGUUGCGGAAAUGGAGAAGGCCAAGUGCAGAGCUGCGAUGGACGCAGCUGAGAAAGCACAGAGAAUGGCGGAACUGGAAGGACAAAGAAGAAAGCAAGCAGAGAUAAAAGCAAGAAGAGAAUCGCAGGAGAAAGAUCGUGCUCUUAGUGCUUUGGUACAGAACGAUGUCCGGUACAGAAGAUACUCUAUUGAAGAGAUUGAAGAGGCUACUGAGAGGUUUGCAAACAACAAAAAAAUAGGAGAAGGUGGGUAUGGACCAGUCUAUCAUGGCACACUUGAUCACACUCCUGUCGCCAUUAAAGUCUUGAGACCUGAUGCUGCUCAAGGAAAGAGACAAUUUCAACAAGAAGUCGAGGUUCUGAGUAGCAUAAGACAUCCUCACAUGGUUCUUCUUCUUGGUGCCUGUCCGGAAUAUGGGUGUUUGGUGUAUGAGUACAUGGACAAUGGGAGCUUAGAGGAUAGACUCUUUCGUAGAGGAAACUCUCCUCCUCUAUCAUGGAGGAAAAGGUUUCAAAUAGCUGCAGAGAUCGCUACCGCACUCUCCUUCCUUCACCAAGCAAAGCCAGAGCCUCUGGUUCAUCGUGACCUAAAACCUGCCAAUAUACUCCUAGACAAAAACUAUGUGAGCAAGAUCAGUGACGUUGGAUUAGCUCGGUUAGUACCCGCGUCAGUAGCUAACACAGUCACGCAAUUCCACAUGACAUCUGCAGCAGGAACGUUUUGUUACAUAGACCCUGAAUACCAGCAAACGGGAAAGUUAACCACGAAAUCAGACAUAUACUCAUUAGGGAUAAUGCUGCUCCAGGUCAUCACUGCAAAGAGUCCAAUGGGUUUGGCUCAUCAAGUGUCGAGGGCAAUCGAUAAAGGAACUUUCAAGGAUCUGCUUGACCCGGUCGUCCCAGAUUGGCCGGUCGAAGAAGCUACAAAUUUUGCUAAGUUGUGUCUAAAAUGUGCAGAGCUAAGGAAGAGAGACAGACCAGAUCUUGGGAAAGAAAUAGUUCCAGAACUUCUCAGAUUAAGAAACUUGGGGAUGAACAAUGAAUCAGGAUGCCAAAAAUAGCAACGGGGUCUGAAUCAUAUACUUACUUCAAUCUUUGCAAGACUUUUACGAGGAACUGAAUAGAACGAUUGCUUUUUUCUCAAGAAUCAAAGUAAAACUGAAUAGAAAGAUUGCUUGAUUCUCAAGAAAGAAAGUAAGCAAGUGGUAAGUGAAGUGCCAUGAUGAGAUGACUUAACUAAAAAUCUAACCUUUGUUGAUAUUAUAUAUCUCUGUAACAUAGUACUUCCACCUUUCUAGCUUUCUAAAGAAAAGUAUUGAACAAAUUGCAGUUGGUUAUUGUUAA